UGAUCAGCUGUGUCCAAUCACAGCUGAUCACAUAGGAGAGCCGGUAAUCGGCAUUCCUCGGAGGGGACAUGUACACUGAUCAUCAGAGCACUGAUGAUCAGUGUGCCCUGAUGAUCAGUGUGGCCCCAGAAGUGCCACCUGUCAAUGUCCAUCAGUGCCAGCUGUCAGUGCUGAACAGUGCCACCUGCCAGUGCCCAUCAGUGCCACAUCAAUGCCACAUAUCAGUGCCUACCAGUGCACAUCAAUGCCACAUAUCAAUGCCCAUCUGAGCUGCCUUUCAGUGUCACCCAUCAGUGCCAGUCAGAGCCACCUAUCAAUGCCAAUCAGUG